CAACUUUGUAAAUCAACUAUACUCCAAUAAAACUUUAAAAAUAAAAAAAAUAAAAAUUAUCCUAAUACCCACCAGAUACUAGGCACUCCACUAAGUGUUAAAGGUAAGAAGACAUGGCUCUUGACCCCUUAAUAGCAAUUUGUAGUUUAGUGCAGGGCUAUAAACCAAUGAUAAACAGCAGAAUCCCCUUGGGAACAUUUUUAAAAUUCAUGUUCCUAAACCCUACUACUAUGGAAUUGAGUUCACUAUGUCUGGGGUAGAGCUCAGUCAUAUAUAUUUUGAAAAAACUCCCCAGGUUUUUCUCUGGGGAGUUAAGAAUUGCUCUGCUGGUUAAGAAUCACUCCUCUUGUCACUACUUCUCUCCUGAACUCCUUGAUAGUCUGUCAGUGGGAGAUCUUUGUGGCCGUCUUCUCGCCUCCUCCAACCCCACAGAACCCUACAAGUCUCAGUCAUGCGUGAGUGCAUCUCCAUCCAUGUUGGCCAGGCUGGUGUCCAGAUCAGCAAUUUCUGCUGGGAGCUCUACUGCCUGGAACAUGGCAUCCAGCCUGAUGACCAGAUGCCAAGUGACAAGCCCAUUGCGGGAGGAGAUGACUCCUUCAACACCUUCUUCAGUGAGACAGGUGCUGGCAAGCAUGUGCCCAGGACAGCGUUUGUAGACCUGGAACCCACAAUCACUGAUGAAGUUCACACUGGCACCUACCACCAGCUCUUCCACCCUGAGAAGAUCGUCACAGGCAAGGAAGAUGCUGCCAAUAACUAUUUCCAUGGUCAUUACACCACUGGCAAGGAGAUCAUUGACCUUAAGGCUCACCUGGACCACAAGUUUGACCUGAUGUAUGUCAAGAGUGCCUUUGUUCACUGGUACGUGGGUGAGGGCAUGGAGGAAAGAGAGUUUUCUGAGGCCUGUGAGGACAUGGCUGCCCUUGAGAAGGAGUAUGAGGAGGCUGGAGCGGAUAGUGCUGAGGGAGAGGAUGAGGGUAAAGAGUAUUAACCUGUCUGCUGCAAUUUUACACCCUUGUCUUGAGACUGUCUUAUUUGUGUUCUGUGGAGCUGCCCAUUGUGGCCCUAUCUUGUCAAUAAAAGUGAUAUUUCGAUUUAAAAAAAGAAAAUAAUCACUCCUCUAGCAGAAAUACAGUUUGUAAGUAGGCAGGUGGACAUGUUAUGUAUAUGUUUGGGAAAAGGACUUACAUUUAUGAGUGCCUACAAUAUUAUUUUAUAAUACCAUCCUUAUACAUUGUUAUUAGUCACACUUAACAGAUGACAAAACUGAGCCUCAUGGGUACAGUGACUUGUU